UUCAACUCAACAUGGGGACGAGCGCAGUUUGCAAUUUUCCAGUUCGCAAAAACCCCACACAUCAUGCUCUCCAAGCAAGUCCAAACGCAAAUGGCGCGCUCCGUGUCCAAGCGCUUCUUUGCCUCGGGCAAGGACAUCCGCUUCGGUGUGGAAGGCCGCGCCCUCAUGUUGAAGGGUGCCGAUCAACUCGCCGAUGCCGUCCAGGUCACGCUCGGCCCCAAGGGGCGCAACGUCGUGAUCGACCAAGCGUACGGCGCGCCCAAGAUCACGAAGGAUGGUGUGACCGUGGCCAAGAACAUUGAAUUCCGUGACAAGUUCGAAAACAUGGGUGCGCAAUUGUUGCGCCAAGUGGCCAACAACACGAACGACGCUGCCGGUGACGGCACUACGUCCGCCACGGUGCUCACCCGCGCUAUCUACAGCGAAGGCUGCAAGAGUGUCGCGGCUGGCAUGAACCCCCAGGACUUGCGCCGCGGCAUUCAGUUGGCUGUGGACCAUGUGGUGGCUGAAUUGGCCAAGCUGUCGCAAGACAUUGACGACAAGGAAAAGGUGGCGCAAGUGGCCACGAUCUCUGCGAACAGCGAAAAGGAGAUCGGCGAUUUGAUCUCGGACGCCAUGGAACGCGUGGGCCGCGAAGGUGUGAUCACGGUCCAAGACGGCAAGACGCUGUACAACGAAUUGGAAGUCGUCGAAGGCAUGAAAUUUGACCGUGGGUACAUCUCGCCCUACUUUGUCACCAACAGCAAGACCCAGUCGUGCGAAUUGGAAAACCCGUACAUCCUCUUGGUCGAGAAGAAGGUGUCGUCUGCCCAAGGCAUCGCGCCCAUGUUGGAGUUUGUGUACAAGGCCCAGCGGCCGUUGCUCAUCAUCGCCGAAGACGUCGAGUCCGAAGCGUUGGCGGCGUUGAUCCUCAACCGCAUCCGCGCGGGCAUCAAGGUGUGCGCCGUGAAGGCCCCUGGCUUUGGUGACAACCGCAAGGCCGGCCUCCAAGACAUGGCCGUGCUGACCGGUGCCAAGGUGAUCAGUGAAGACGUCGGGUUGCGUCUUGACAACGCCACGCCCGACAUCCUCGGCACGGCGAAGAAGGUCACGAUCACCAAGGACGACACGUUGAUCUUGGACGGCGAAGGGCCCAAGGACGCCAUUGCCGAGCGCGUAGAGCUGCUCAAGGACUCGAUCGCCGGCUCCACGUCCGACUAUGAGAAGGAAAAGCUGCAGGAACGCUUGGCCAAGUUGGGCGGCGGCAUUGCCGUCAUCAAGGUUGGCGGGGCCAGCGAAGUCGAAGUGGGCGAGAAGAAGGACCGCGUCGUGGACGCUUUGAACGCCACCCGCGCCGCCGUCGAAGAAGGCAUCGUGCCUGGCGGCGGCUCUGCGCUCUUGUGGGCGUCGCGCAACCUCAAGUCUCUUUACGGCAACGUGGCCAACAUGGACCAGAAGGUGGGUAUCCAAAUCAUCGAACGCGCGUGCCGGUCCACAGUGACGCAAAUCGCCAAGAACGCUGGCGAAGAAGGCGCGGUGAUCGUCGGCAAGCUCUUGGAACAGAGCUCGCCCACGUUUGGCUUCAACGCCCAAACUGGCGAGUACGUGGACAUGGUGGAAGCCGGCAUCAUCGACCCCACCAAGGUCGUGCGCACGGGGCUGGUGGACGCGUCCAGCGUGGCGUCGUUGAUGAUGACGGCGGAAGCUUUGAUCGCCGACUUGCCGGAAGAAAACGCCCCCGCGGCCGGCGGCAUGCCCGGUGGUGGCAUGGGUGGAAUGGGCGGCAUGGGCGGCAUGAUGUAAACUCUUGCGUGCCUUUGGACUCCAAACUCCAACAAACCCAUUUAAUGAAUAGAAUAGUUGUUUUCCUCCAAUGUACUAAACUAAGUAGUAUCAUCUCGAGCAGUGGAAUUAACCCACGAUGAUUAGUAUU